AUUUUUAAAACGGAAUAUGUAGGAUAGUAAAAGCUCAACUAACAAUUUCACUACUUUUAUUGGGACAACCAAAAAGCUUUAUGUGUGCAUGUUACAGUGUUGAGAAGUCAAAAUGAAAUUUACUUGUCAAUGUGUCUUGCUGACCUACCAUCACAGAAACGGAAAUUAUAACCUUUUAGUUAUUCAAAGUUUCACUCAAAAACUGAAAAAGGAUGUUUCACUAUACUGCUAUAACCAUGUGGUGUGUUUUAUUGGAAGAUCAAAUAUCCCUUCUUUAUCACAAUGCUUUUAAACCCCAGUCAUGCCAUUUUUUCGGCUUCCCAAUUUGUGUUUAAUUUAGUAGAUUUUAAUUGUUGCUUUAUUUGUGUGAUUAUAUAUUCAGAUAUUGCAGCAUUUUUAUUCACCUUUCAUUAAAUAUUUACUUAUAACAUAUGCUGGGUUAAUGCUGGAUAUUUUUCAUUCAGAAAAAAUUUCUAGACAAGCCACUUGUACAUAGAAACUACAAGAACAAUUCUUUGAGUUUAUUGUAACUGAAUAUCUUUUGUAGUUUAUUGAUUUGUGAAGUGGUGAAUAAUGGCUUAACAUCUCUCUUUCGAUAUUACUUUUAUUUGUGACUUAUAGGCCUACUCAAUUGCACCAAUGAUCGUGCUGUUUGUGUAGAGUGGUGUAAUGUGCUAACUACUUGAAAUUUCAAUCAUAUUAUCUUCUGAAUGCAUUUUUCCAUAGACACAUUCAAAUCUAGUUAUAUAUUGCGAAUCAAUUUCCUAUCCUGUAUUUUGAUUUUUGUGUCUGACAUUGAAAAUGGACUCAAAGUUGUCUGGAAAGCUGCUUCUCAAAACAAACUUUGCAGUGAAGCAUAAAUGGGAGCCAUUUUACACUGGAGGAUCAGUAGUUUGUCAUAAUGAUGGUAAAACAUUGUUAUGUUCAUGUGGAGAUUCUGUCAAAGUCAUUGAUAUUGAAACUGGAGAAGUAAAUCACAGUUUGUCUCAGGAGGGAGAUGAUGUCACUUGUAUUUCAUCUAGUCCAGAUAAUAACAUCAUUGUUUCUGCCACAAGAUCUUUGUUACUGAAAGAAUGGAAAAUUGAGAAUGAGGUGGCAAAAUGUGUAAGAACAUGGAAAGCAAUUCAUACUUCACCAAUUCUGUGCAUGGAUUUUGAUGCGACUUCUACUCUCCUUGCCACAGGAAGCAGUGAUAGUACCAUUAAAAUAUGGGAUAUGUUGCAUCAGUAUUGCACUCAUAAUCUGAGAGGAUCCCAAGGUGUAAUAUCAGUUGUGAAAUUUCAUCCACACGAUUUACAAUUGUUUUCUGCGUCUAAUGAUUAUGUUAUUAGAAUAUGGAAUCUACACACAAGCAGAUGCAUUUGUUUGCUGAAUGGACAUGUUAGUGCAGUUACAUCACUUUCAUUCAUUACAAAAACUGAAUCUCAAAUAUCUUUAAUAAGUGGAGGAAGAGACAGUGUGUUGUGUGUCUGGGACUUGUUGCAAUGUAAAGACAAAAACACUGUCGAACCAAAUAAGACAAUUCCUGUAUACGAGACUAUUGAAGGAUUAUUAGUUUUGCCAAACCAACAUAUUACAAAACUUAUAAAGACUGCAAUUUCCGAUGAAUCUUCGCAUGUUUUAACUGCUGGAAGUAGUGGAAAUUUGAGAGUUUGGAAUUUAUCAACCGGGAAAUGUAUAUACACACAAAAGCGUUUAACUGAAACAGAAGAGACUAAAUCAGACUCAGAACAUGGAGCCAUCGUUGAUCUUCUUUAUCUUGAAAAUAUCGAAAAAUAUGCAACCGUGACUUUCGAUCAUAAUAUCAACAUUUUUAAUUACGAUGACGGUUUUGUUGAAGAUAGACAUCUCGUUGGUUAUAACGAUGAAGUUUUGGAUGUUCGGUUCUUUGGUCCAUCAGACAGUCAUAUUGUCGUUGCAACUAACAGUCCUCUUGUAAAAGUUUUCGAUCGAAAAACAUCUUCUUGCCAACUACUAUCUGGACAUCGAGACACUGUUCUAUGCCUUGAUGUGUUUAAAGAUGGUUUGAUGCUUGCUAGUGGAUCGAAGGACAACUCAAUCCGUUUGUGGAGGAUGAAUCCAGAAACUUUUAAAACAACAUGUAUUGCAGUAGGAAGAGGACAUGCUCAUGCUGUCAACACAGUCUCUUGUUCAAGAAUCAAGCAAAAUUUUGUUGUUUCUGGAAGUCAAGACCAAACAUUGAAAAUCUGGGCAAUUUUGGAAACGGUGGAUGAGGAUGGGAAGCAACUUACUAGUCUGAAAUCAAAACACUCCAUAAAGGCUCAUGAUAAAGAUAUCAAUUCAGUCUCUGUUUCUCCAAAUGAUAAAUUAGUUGCGACUGGAUCACAGGAUAAAACUGCAAAACUAUGGAAUGUAGCUGAUGGUCUUCAACUUGGAACAUUCCAUGGUCACAAGAGGGGGAUAUGGAGCACACAGUUUUCUUCAACAGAUCAGGUUCUUGGUACGUCAUCAGCAGAUGGUACAUUGAAACUAUGGGCUUUAUCUGACUUCACAUGCUUAAAGACAUUUGAAGGCCAUGACUGUUCUGUACUGAAACUUCUAUUCAUCUCGAAAGGCUCGCAAAUAGUGUCUAGUGGCUCAAACGGUCUGAUCAAAUUAUGGAAUAUCAAAAGUUCCGAAUGUGUCAAAACAUUUGAUGAACACGAUGAUAAAGUUUGGGGAUUGACUGUUAAUUCUGGAGAUAACAUUGUACUGUCUGGUGCUGCCGAUUCCAAGAUUAUUCAAUGGGAGGACAUCACACAGAAAGAACGUGAAGAACUGAAAGUCACUGAAGAAACAACAAUAUUAAGACAACAAGAGCUGAAUAAUCUUGUCCAUGAGAAGAGGUUCGCAAAAGCUUUCAGACUGGCAAUAACAUUGGAACAACCUUUCACAGCACUCAAAGUUUUAAAAGAAAUCAGAUGGGAGGAAAAUGGUGAUGAAGUAUUAGAAGCAACUAUUUCAAAACUCAGACCUGAUCAAAAAGAUACCCUUCUUAAAUUUGUAAUGAGCUGGAACACGAAUUCAAGGAAUUGCCACGAGGCUCAGAAAGUAUUGAAUCUAAUUUUGCGGCAAACGCAUCCUCAUGAAUUGAUGGAAUUCUCAAAUGCACAGACAGCAAUUGAAGCACUAUUACCAUACACGGAACGUCAUUAUCAAAGAAUGACUCGUCUUAUGCAACAAACAACAUUUGUUGAUUAUAUCUGGCAAAUUAUGAAGUUAAAACCAGUCAGUCUGCCUGACACGAACGAGAUCAUUGAAACCAACGCAGAACUAAAUAAGACUCUGAAAGAAGCGAAUCAAUCUUCGUCCCAUAUUCAUCCUUUAAAAGCAGUUGCUGAUUCAAUCGUUCAAAAACCACAAAAAAGGACAAGAAAGCCUGAUAAUAAAGAUGAUGGAAUUGGAGAUAAGAGUGAGACUGAAGAAGAAGAUAAACAAGAAAUUAUUCCAAUUAUUUCACCAAAAAGAAUGAGACUUAGAAGUGCAAAAAAAAGCAAAAAAAUGAGGAAUCCUUCCACAAAAACUGCUUCAUCAUGACGAUAAAAUCAUUUAUCUGCUUUUGUGAUGAUAUUUAAUGUAAAAUAAACAAAAUGAAUCUGACA